AUGAAUUUAUGUCGUUUCAGCCAACCACAACAGCAGCAGGUGAUGCUGUGCCCCGUCCGACUCAUCUACGAGACGCAGAUCCUAGUCCAGCCAGGCGAACAGAUCCAACCGAAUCAAACGCUUUUCAUAAAUCCACAAAACCCACCGCCAUGGAUACAGAACCAGGUCCGGCCCCAAAACCAGGUCAUAUACAUGCAGCAGAUGCCAGGCAACAUGAUGCCUUCCGUCCCUCAGCACAUGGACCAAAAUCAGAUGUACCUGCAGAACCUGCAAGGCUACUACCCACAGCAAAUGAUACAGAUGGACCACAGACAAAUGUCCAAUGUCGUCCAAAUGAUGCCAAAUAUCGGACAGAUUACUGGACAAAACGUUAAUAUGGGUCAAAAUGUAAUAAAUGUAGGCCAAAACGUUAGUAAUAUUGCUCCAAAUGUAAUAAAUACAGGACAGAAUGUAAUGCCAAUAAGUGACGUGCAAAAUGUACAGAAACCUGCUAAUGUGGGUGUUAAUAUUGCUCAAAACCAAAAUAUGGCCAGUAUAGUUAGCAAUGAUAGGGUUUACAAUAGUAAUAUGCCGAAUACAAUACCAAUGGCAAACCAAAAUACAAUGACGAAUGUUACACAAACACAAGAUCGGACAGGUAAUAUGAAUCAGAACUUAGUUAAUAUGCAGAAAGUCGCAGAAUUACAAGGGAUGAGACAACAGAAUGUGAGACAACCACAAGUCACAGUGUCACCGAUGCAAAAUGUAAAAUAUGCUCCAAAUACUGUUGACUUUAGACAAAAUGCUCCCCAAAAUGUUGGUCAUAUCAGAGCAGUAAACAGUCCAAGACCAAUGAGCACUACUAGCAACAUACCAAAUAAUGUUAUGCAAGCAAAUGCAUUAAAUAAAAAAGUUGCUAUACCAAGCAACCCAAUGCCUCCUGUCGUGACAAGUCCAGUCAGGCAUUACUUCAGACACCCACAGCCCAAACUAAUUAAUAUAGCGCCAAUGCAAAAUCAGUACGUGCCGAGCGGAACACAGACUAUAAAUAGGCCUAGGCCAAAUCAAAGUAUUAACGAAGUAAAUAGGAAAAGAAAGAGCGAAUCACCCGAUGAGACUAAAAGGAAAAUACCUAAUAAUCAGUUUGUAAGCGUAGAAACCGCAAAUGGUACAACUAUUAGUUAUAUACCCACCCCUGUUAGAGACUUUAAGCUAGUAUCAAGGAAUGUCGAGACUGCAUCUACCGGAACACAAGCCAAUAUCGCCAAGGAAAAUCCUCAAGUUGUUGAUAUGAAAGUCAUACCACCGACUAAAGAUAAUACUCUAAUCGAAAGCGAUAAGUUAGUUAGAAACACAGUUUUUACUCAAGCAGCUCAAGCUCUUAAUAGACCACUAAUAAGAACUGAACCUCAACCGGUGCAACCGGACGUCGUUAUACGAAUAGAAAAAAUGCAUUCUCCAACAAAAAUUAGACCUACAGAACCCAUGAAAUUUGUAACAUCAGAGGGAAACACGGAACAGGUAAAACCAGAGACAUCAAAACCAAAUACAGAAAUAGUGAACAUAGAAACAACUAAAUCAAAUGCAGAAUUACCGAAAAUGGAGACAUCAAGACCUAAUAUAGAAUUAUUAAAACUAGAACCAACGAGACCAGUUAAAGAACCAUUAGUAAUAGAUACAUCAGCACCAAAUUCUAUACCUUUUGUAUUAAGUGCAUCCAUAGAUGAACAAAAACUAAAUACCAACAAGUCAUCUCAACCAAGUAAACUAGAAAUUCAAUUAAAAAUAGAAUCAAGAGCAAAUGCAGAAUCAUUAGAAAUGGCUACAAGUAAAACGCCAGAAUUUAAAACACCAAAACAAAGUACAGAAACACCGAAAAUAGAAACAAUCACAAAACCAGAACAACAGACAGGAACACCUAAAAUAGAAACGGUUACGAAGCGGAAAGAAGUUACAAAACCUGGUAAAGUUAAAAAAGAGGAAACGCCCAAAUCAAAAACUAAUAUUAAAGAAGUAAAAACUGUAGAAGCAACAAAAUCAGAAGUAGAAUCAAAAUCUGCAAAAAUAGAAACUAAAGAAGUUAAAGAUGUAAAUAGAAAAUUCACAGUUACUUCUAUAAAUGAUUUUAAAGGAAGUGAGUUGCAGAUAGCCAAUGGUAGUGUGAGAAAAGAAGAUACUGAUCAUUACAUAUUAACGCAUGUUUUGGAUGGAUACGUUAUCCAAGAGUCUAAUACAGCUUUCCCUAUACGCAAACCGCUAAAAGAGAAAAUAAUAUACCAAAACGCAGAUCUAUCGUUAGAGCCAAAGAGAGAAGAAACAUAUAAGCACAGGACAGAAGAUGGGAAACUUAUAAAAGAUAAUAGUAAAAUACUGAGCAUUUCCGAUUUAAACCUGAACGAAGAUGAGGCGAUAGAAAGCGAGGCUGAGACUGUGAAAAGUAAAGAGGAAUCGGAAAAAAGUGAAGAUGAUAAAACUAAAAGUGAAGAAAAAUGUGACGAAGAUUCGGAUCAACCUUUCGCGAAUCUAACGCCAUCUACAAUCAAGUCUUGGACGGUCGAUCAGCUGGCGUCCCACCUGUCAAAAUUCAACUGGGCAGAGACAAUCUCAGUGUUGUCAGAGCACGAGAUAGACGGGGAAUCCUUGUUUCUGGUCAACAAGCAACAGCUCGUGCAGAUCGGAGUCAGUGAAACGCACGCUGAUGCUAUAUGCGAGUUCGUAAAGACUAGUUAA